GUCCUGAAGGCGGCCCUGUCUCCAUGACAACGGGAGUAGCGGGCGCGGCGGGCGGAGCUGGGCCCUGUCGCGAUAGGAAUUGAGGCUGCCGGGUCAGCGGGGCUCGUGGGCGGGGCCUGUCGCGAUAGGAAUGAGGCUUGUCGCGCUCCUGUCGUGACUGUCGCGACAGCCGAUGGACGCGGGCGGAGCUGUGGACAUGGCGGCGCUGCGGGAGGAGCUGCGGGCCGCGCUGGAGGCCGACGAGAGGCACGAGAGGGAGAAUAACGCCAAGCUCCGCGCCGUGAGGCAGCGCCUGGGGUCGUACCAGGAGUUCAGGGACAUCGUGCUGGCAUCACACCUGAGGCCUCUAGAGAAGAAGGACAAGAUGGGGAACAAGAGAAACGUGCUGUGGAACCCCUGUGCAGGCCACAUGAGGGGCCAGCAAGCCACCAAGGUGGAGAUACCACAGGUGAGGGAGAUAGCACAGGAGCUGGAGCAACUGCCCAGAACCUCUGCUGAAUUUUACAGAGAUUGGCGCAGAUGCUUACAAAGCGGAAAAGAAAAAUACCAGCUUUUGCUUAAACUGGAGGGGAAGGCCUUGAGCAGAAUCUUUCAGGCUGAGUUGGGUUUUGGUCUCCUGGGUGAGUUCCUUACCGUGCUGGCAGAGAACAUCUGCCAUGAAGACAGAGAUGCUGUCCUUCAGAUCUUACACAGCCUUUCUGGCACCAAACGCUUUGGGUUAAACCUGGAUCUUCUGAGCACGUCGGAGAAGGAGAGCACCAGGGAUCUGUUUAGGAAGCUGCAGAGCAUGAGUGGGGGUUAUUGGAGCCCUGGCCAUCCCUGUGGCAAAGCGGAAGGGGAAGCCCACCCCACCGACACCAGCUUGCAGAAGGAAGCUAAGGAAAGGAGAGUGAUGGAGCUGAUGAGCUGUUACCAGGUCAGCUGAGGGAGCAGCAGAGGUUCUGCCAAAUAAAGGUUAGCAACAGACA